GUCGGUCCUGCCCAGCCCUAAUUCCCACCUCUGCUUGGAUACCCAAAUGCAAACGCAGGAGCCAAGGGAGAAAUAACUCCUUCAAUGGCCAAAGUAGCCUUCGAAGACUAAAACUACCACCUUAAGCUACUCUGGCCCACGCUACCCUGAGCCCCGUCAUGCCUGUCCUAAGGGAUGGGUCCUCUUCUGUCAACAUCGCAUCAGGUGAAGUGGUGGCGUGGUGAGGUUUGUGAUGAUUGCUUAGCUUUGAGUGCUGAGUUCAAUCCUCUCUUAAGUCGAGGUAAUUUUAAUGCAGAGGAGAGGGCUCAGUUGCCUCUAAAGAAAUACCUAGCACCCCAAUCUGGCUGUCGUCGUUCUCCACCAUACUUCCUGUCGUCGCCAGCGUGUAUCUCGUGCUCAUCGCCAUCGUCGUCGACAACGUUGUUUCUUCUUCCUUUGCGAUUGCUCUAUGUGCGCGCGCUUCUUUCUUGGUUCUUCAACGUCAGACUUGCAUCUCUAUCUUGUUGCUUUGUUUGUAGAAGUGAAGUUUAGAUUCAGCUAUUCAGUUUCUCAUUUCUUCCACACAGGUUCAGCGUAAGGUAUGCCCAAUCAUUUUUCUUGAUGUUGUUUGCUGCUGGCUGAAAAAGUUGGAUAAGAAAUUGGUUAUAAGGAACCAAGUGAAUUGGGUGCUGUUUAUUUGUGAUUUAAAGAUGAAUCUUGUUAAUAAACUUUAUUUCAAACCUGAUCAGUUUAUUUGGAUACUUUAAAGCUAUAUAGUUGAUUUUAUUCUAUGAACUAUGGUAUUUAUUUUGGUCUUGAUAUUAGGUUGCAAGCAAGGUGUUUGAUGGAGUGACUGAGAGAGAAAUUGUAAGGGGUAUUGUAUAUAUUAUGAGGAACCUGCUCUGCUUACUUGAACCUUUACGUGUGCUAGAUAGAUUUAAUUUGAUGGAAGAUAUGUUCUUCCCUUUAUGGGGUAGUAAUUAUGAGUUUAAGAUUAUAUGAUUGUGGGUGCAACGAUAAACUAAGAUUUGGCAAGAAUUUAUUUUAUUCAAGUUUAUUAGGUCAUGAAUGGUUUUAAUCCUAUCUUGGGUUACUGAAAAUUGUUAUCAGAUGACGUAAUGGAGUAUUGCAGAUUAAAUGAAGUGCUUUAAGGUGUUGUGAGUAGAUUGUACCUUAUGGCUUUACUAAAAAGCUCAAAUGAAAGUAAUGAAUUAUUAGAAAAUUACUUAGUUGAUAAUUCAAAGAUUAAAGUUGCUGAAAUUCUAUGUGGGAAUAUAAUUAGGUAUAGAUGUUGUAUGGAUAUAUGUAAUUAUUGUGGAGGUUAAGCUUGGAUUACUAAAUUAAAUCUUGAAGCACAUAUAAAACAAAUGAUGAGAAAUUUUCUUUAUGUUUGACUCGGUUUUUGUUGGAAUUAUUGUCGGCAACAAUACAUGUAUACUAUUAUGGAGGUAUAUUAUUGUUUAAACUAAUAUGGUAUUUCACAUGGAAGAUGUUAAAAGUAAGAUUUUCGUUUCUAUCUUUCUAAAUUGUUGGGAUUAUAGAUUUUGGUUGUGUUGUUAUAAUGUUGGAGAUUUUGUUUAAUAAGUUACAAAAGUGGAAAGAAAAAAAAUAUUACAAUCAGAUAGAUAAGAGUAAGUUAUAGGUUGGAAAUCAACACAUCAUAUCGUCACAUUUAAAUUACAAACAAAUGUUCUCUUAUCAAAUGAUUUAUAUUUACAUUUUAUGUAAUUCACAUAUAUAAAAAUAUAUUUCUAAUUUAUGAUAUAUACACACGCACCCACACACACACACAGCAUUUUGUCAUUCAAAAUACUUUAAUUUAAUUUUGAUGGAGACCCAAUACUUCUCGAAAGGAUAUAUUCAUUGUUUACAUAGAAUGAAAGGUUUAUUUGUGAAUAUCUGUCCUUCUGCAUUUGAUUUUUAAUGAAAGUUCAUUUAUAUAUUUAUUUUUGUGACUUAGAUGCUUCAUGUAGUCUAUAGGUAAGAUCCCUAUUUCCUUCUGAUAGAUAUAUACAUAUGCAUAUAUAUAUAUGCUUUUAUGGAGCAAUGCUUCACUUGCGGCAUUGAACCAUAUGAUUGGUGUAGAAUUUUCAAGAAGACUGAUUUACAAAGUAGACUUUGGCAAAAUUUCUGUGAAUAGCUUAAUGUUUUGAGUAUAAGAAAUAUGUUUAUUUAUGAUUUAGAAAUGGUAUAUGCAUGUUGAAGACUAUAAUAAUUACUAUGUUAGAUAUUUGAAUAUCUAUUUAAAGACUUAAGGACUAUAAGUUUUCUCCUAUUCUGUGCCGGUCACCCUUAAAUUUUCACGGCAUGACACUCAUGAUUUGUAGGCCGAGGUUAGAGGCAUGGCAUGUUCAGCCAAUGCCUCUAUCUUUAACACUCAGCUCCUUGCCGAUAAGUAUGGGUCUCAACCGCUAAAGGUGUUGGGAGGGACCGUGGAAAUUAUUUCUGAUCCUUCAUACAAGCUCCUCUCCAAAUGCAAAAGCAUUCAAACCCUCAAACAAAUUCACUCGUAUGCCAUCAAGACUGGCAUCUACAAAACCCCCUUGGUACAAAGUAAGCUCAUCCAAUUCUGUGCUGUUUCGCCUUUUGGUGACCUCCCUUAUGCUCUCUCAUUGUUCCAAUCCAUUGAAAAACCAAACUUGAUCAUGUGGAACACAAUAAUUCGAGGUCAUUGGUUGAACUCCUCUCCAAUUUUGUCCAUACAAGUUUAUGCUCGUAUGCUGAAUUUUGGGGUGGAGCCAAAUUCUUAUACUUUCCCAUUCCUUCUCAAGUCUUGUGCUAAAAUCAGGGCUAUCCAUGAAGGGAAACAGGUACAUGCUCAUAUUUUGAAACUUGGGUUUGCAUCAGAUGCCUACGUGCAUACUUCGCUUAUUACUAUGUAUGCUCAGAUUGGGGACUUGGAUGAUGCUAGAUUGGUCUUUGAUAGUAAUAUUAUACAUAAUGUUGUUUCUUUCACAGCAUUGAUCUCUGCGUAUUUGUUAGAGGGUUAUGUGGAUGAUGCUCUACACUUAUUUGAUGAAAUUCCAGUAAAAGAUGUAGUGUCAUGGAAUGCCAUGAUUGCAGGCUACGCCCAAAGUUAUCGCUUUGAAGAAGCACUUUCUUGCUUCCGUGAGAUGCUAAAAGCAAAUGUGUCACCUAAUCAGAGUACUUUGGUAACUGCUCUUUCAUCUUGUGCUCAAUCAGGAUCAUUGGAAAUGGGAAAAUGGAUAAGCUCUUGGAUUAAGGAACACGGUUUUAGUUCAAAUCUUCAAUUGACUAAUGCUCUUAUUGAUAUGUAUUCAAAGUGUGGUGAGACUAAUACUGCUAGAGAAUUAUUUGAUGGGACAGUUCAAAAAGAUGUGAUUUCUUGGAAUGUUAUGAUUGGUGGUUAUUCUCAUAUGAAUCUACACAAAGAAGCCUUGUCACUCUUUCAUCUCAUGGUUAGAUCAAACAUGAAGCCUAAUGACAUUACUUUUUUGGCCAUUCUUCCAGCAUGUACUCACCUCGGUGCUCUUGACCUUGGCAAGUGGAUCCAUGCAUAUAUAGAUAAAAACUUUAAGAACAUGAGCAAUGUUUCUCUUCAGACAAGUCUCAUUAACAUGUAUGCGAAAUGCGGUUGCAUUGAGAUGGCAGAACAAGUGUUCAAAAGUAUGAAUUAUGCAACUGUUGCUUCGUGGAAUGCAAUGAUAUCAGGUUUAGCCAUGCAUGGACAUGCAGAGAAGGCUCUAAGGCUCUUCUCUAAAAUGGCCAAUGGGGAAUCCCAACCUGAUGACAUCACAUUCGUUGGAGUUUUAUCUGCUUGUAGCCAAGGUGGUUUGGUAGAUCUUGGAUGCCAGUAUUUUGAAUCAAUGGUCCAAAAUUAUAAGAUUGUACCAAAGCUUCAACACUAUGGAUGCAUGAUAGAUCUACUAGCUAAAGCAGGGAAAUUCGAAGAAGCACAAAAUCUAAUUAAAAAUAUGGAAGUGGAGCCAGAUGGAGCUAUCUGGGGUUCUCUGCUUAAUGCAUGUAGAGUUCAUGGACAUACUGAGUUAGGUGAAUAUGUUGCAGAUCACCUCUUUAAAUUAGAACCUGAAAAUACAGGAGCAUAUGUGCUUUUAUCAAACAUAUAUGCAGCAGCAGGAAGAUGGGAUGAUGUAGCAAGAAUAAGAACCAGAUUAAAUGACAGAGGAAUGAAGAAAGUUCCUGGUUGCACCUCUAUUGAGAUUGAUAGUUUUGUUCAUGAGUUUCUUGUCGGUGACAGAAGUCAUCCCGAGAGUGAAAAUAUAUAUGAAAUGUUGAAUGAGAUAGAUAAGCGUUUAGAUGCUUCUGGGUUUGUUCCUAAUACAUCUGAGGUACUAUACGACAUGGAUGAGGAGUGGAAGGAAGGGGCUUUGAGCCAACAUAGUGAGAAGCUGGCUAUUGCCUUUGGUUUGAUAAGCACGAAGCCUGGGACAACGAUUAGGAUUGUGAAGAAUCUCCGGGUUUGUGGAAAUUGCCACUUGGCUACGAAGCUAAUAUCAAAGAUCUUCAAUAGGGAAAUAAUUGCAAGAGAUAGAAACCGGUUUCACCAUUUUAAAGAUGGUGUUUGCUCCUGUAAUGACUACUGGUGAAAAUCUGUCCCUUGGAGGAAUAACAAAUGUAGAAAGAUAAUUGGAAUAUUCUAUCUCAUAUGGACUCUUGUUAUUUUGUCGUGCUUAGUUGUUAAAAUGGUACGUGUACUUGUAAACAGACCUAUGAACAUGUGAUUUUUUUUUAUCAGAACUUGUCAGAAUGUAAAUUUUGUUCGUUUUUACUA